UUAAGCUUCUCUGCACUGAUCAUCAGCACACUGCAGUAAUGUCAGAAACUGAACUGGACAGAAACACACUUGGAGGCUGGAGCACAGUAAACCCGGUCACUCUAGAGGUGAUAAAGAUUUGCUUUGAGGUGAAGCAACUGAUUCAGAAGAGGGUUGAAAAGGAAAAUGAUUUAAUGAUCUACAAUCCUUUGCUCUAUGCUUCUCAGAUUGUGAAUGGGACCAACUAUGUGGUCAAGGUGUUGCUUAGUUUGGAUGGACUGUGUGUUCACAUGAAGAUAUAUCAGUCUCUUGACUGUGAUGGAGCGAAGCUGAGUUUGAUUGAAAUCCAGUUCCCAAAAACCUUUGAUGACCCACUGAUCCCCUUCUGAAGAGUUAGUCUUUAUCUAAUAACAGACACAUUCAAUGAGCUGCCAUACUGAGAACUGCUGAAAUCAAUUCAUUCCUCAAUAUUAA